CAAGUCGACGUGAGUGUCGUAAACUAGUGGUUGAAGUUAGAUAUUCUUGCGGCUCUUCCGCCGCUGACGGCUGCUUUGGAAAGGUGACAGCGGCACCGGUUCCGCUGGUGACCGGCUUUUAUUUGUAAACCGCUUUCGAGUGCCUGGUCAUUUCCCCCCCGCCCACCUUGUGCCAGUACGGUGGCUGAAGAGGCUCGCGGGCGGCGGAAGUACCGGGCGGUGGACGUGCGCACCCGGGCCGGAGGCGCACGUGGCCCCGGUAGGCUCUAGCGAGCAUGUCUUUUCGAGGCGGAGGUCGUGGGGGCUUUAAUCGAGGUGGAGGCGGCGGCUUCAGUCGCGGGGGCGGCAGCAACAACCACUUCCGAGGUGGAGGCGGCGGCAGUUUCAGAGGCGGCGGCGGCAGAGGAGGAUUCGGACGAGGGGGUGGCCGCGGAGGCUUUAACAAAGGCCAAGACCAGGGACCUCCGGAACAUGUGGUUUUAUUAGGAGAGUUCCUACAUCCCUGUGAAGAUGACAUAGUUUGUAAAUGUACCACAGAUGAAAAUAAGGUGCCUUAUUUCAACGCUCCAGUUUAUUUAGAAAACAAAGAGCAAAUUGGAAAAGUGGAUGAAAUAUUUGGACAACUUAGAGAUUUUUAUUUUUCAGUUAAAUUGUCAGAAAACAUGAAGGCAUCUUCCUUUAAAAAGCUGCAGAAGUUUUAUAUAGACCCGUAUAAGCUGCUGCCACUGCAGAGGUUUUUGCCUCGACCUCCAGGUGAGAAGGGACCGCCAAGAGGCGGUGGCAGGGGAGGACGCGGAGGAGGAAGAGGCGGAGGUGGCAGAGGUGGCAGAGGCGGUGGCUUCAGAGGUGGAAGAGGAGGCGGAGGCUUCAGAGGAGGAAGGGGCGGUGGUGGUUUCAGAGGGAGAGGACAUUAAGUGUAACAGUUGACAGAGAAACUUCAGCAGCUGACUUCUGCAUUAACCUGCACGAUCUUCUUCUGUGGAUCAGAAACUUGUUUCUGGAGCACUUCUUGAAGAACAGGUCAUUUUAUGACCGUGGAACUGAAAUGUCAACGUCAUGCAAAAAUAAGUGCAACAGAGUAGGCAGAUUUGCUCUAAAAGUAUGAACAAGUGUUUUAGUGUUUUGUACAAUGCUUGGAACUCUGGUUGCUUAAUAAAUGGACAGUUUUUAUUUGAAGCAUAUUUGAAUUUUUAAAAUAAAGUGUUUUAUUCCUUUA